AUGGUGCAUCAUUUCCACAACAAUUUUUCCCAACAAAAUCAAAUUAUAACUGUUCCAGCACCCGAAGCAAUUGUUGCUGCAGUAGCAAAGAACAGUGAUACAUCAAAUUCAUUAAAACCCAAUGGUGAACAAUAUCUGAACGGUGCUAAACUUUAUACACUAGAAGAAUUUAGCGUUUUAAGAAGAAUUGGUAUUGGUUUAGCUAUUGCUGGUGGUGUGAUUAAUUCUAUGCUUUAUAAUGUUGAUGAUGGUCAUCGAGCUGUUAUUUUUGAUUGUUUCCAAGGUGUUAAACUAGGUGUUAUUGAAGAAGGAACUCAUUUUAUGAUUUCAUGGCUUCAUAGACCAAUUAUAUUUGAUAUUCGUACACGACCACGAUCUAUUCUAUCAAUAACAGAAAUAAAAGAUUAUGAAGAACGUGUUUUACCAUCGAUUAUUAAUGAAUCUCAAUUUGAUCCUAUUGAAUUGAUUACACAACGUACACUUAUUUCUCAACGUGUUAGUGAAUUAUUAACAGAACAUGCUACACAUUUAAGUUUUAGACCUGAAUUUACAUGUGCUGCUGAAUUACAACAAGUUGCACAACAAUAUGUUGAAAAACAACGAUUUUUAGUCGAAAAAACCGAUCAAAGUCGUCAAGCAAAUGUUAUUGCAGCAGAAGGUGAUGCUCGUGCAGCUGAUUUGAUUGGCAAAGCUUUAGAUGAAGCUGAUGAUCGUUUGAUCGAACUUCGACGAAUUGAAGCCGCUGAAGGUACUGCAAAUCAAUUAUCAAAAUCAAGAAAUAGCGUCUAUUUACCACAUGGUCCUCAAAUGUUACUUAACAUUACUGGUGCUAUGCAAUAA